AUGAAGUACAAGCCUCUCGAUUGUCAGAAUACAAACAUGCCUCCCAACUCUACCCCAAGCAUUUCCAGUGACGAUGACAUCAGCUCAACCUCAGCAGCUCGAACCCAUCCCUCGGACACUCCCAACAGAAGUCACACUGCGCCAAGGGCAGGAGGUAUUACGGAAUAUAUCACAUUUGGCAAUGUUCUUGCCGUACUCUUGAUCGUUCCUCUGGCUUUUACUUACGUUAAAGUUAUGAUGACUGGUCCAGCCCUUUCUCCCGGCUCUGAUAUUGCCACAGUUAGAACUACCGCUACAAUCACAUCUACCAUUUACACACCUAGCUCUACCGUCAUCUCUAAUCGACGCUCUCAUGGAAGCUCUGAUGACUCAAGCUCAAACCCUUGGCCCAACUUUACCUACGCAAUCCGCGCGUCCUCAUCUGGAAAAUUCCUCGCUUCAAACUCGGGCGGUAUCACUUUAGUUGGCCCACAAUCUGGAAGGAACCCCGGCGUCCGCUGGAAAUGCACCGAAAUCAAAGGAUGGCUCCAUUUUCAGAACACCGCUUCCGGUUGUUUUCUUGGACACAAUUUCUGGGGUGAAAUAGUUUGUACUGCAAGCGUGGCCGAUGGAUGGGAGAGAUUUACUACAAGACCUAUACCAGAGGGAGGACAUUAUUUGCUAAUGACGCAUUGGGAAAGGUUGUGGAAAGUGGGGAUCAAAGGGGGAACUCUGGCGAAAAUUGGUGAAGGGGAGACUGGAGGCUUUGCGUUCAUUGGGGAAGAGGAAGGCGAGGUGGUUGCUUGGGAUUUUUUAAGGAUUUAG